UUGUGGGUGGUUGCGUUUCUAUAGGAGUCCGCUGUCUUGGUUUGUAUAGAAAUGGAUAUUAAGUGACACAUACACGCAAGACGGUGGAAAUACGGGACCGGUGGAAAUAGGGGGAGUUACGAUACUAGUGCUAGCUAAUCAAACGUCAGCCAGCCAACAAUCCAAAGUGAUACGGCAGCAGUAACAUUUCACGUUUCAUUACCAGACUGUUUUGUUAAUUUACAAGGAAAACCUUAUAUAGUUCUAUAUAUAAAGUCUAUGAGGAAAACAUGUCAUCAAAUAAAUGGUGUUGAGUUUUGUCAUUGGCAACACAAAAUUGUCACAAUAAUAUAAGUCAGUUAACUAACGUUUAUGUUUAUGGUAAAUGAAUACACACAUUGAUUAAUGCAUGAUGUAAUGUUAAGUUACAUACUUUACUUUUAAGUUACUAGAUUUUCUCUCAUUCCAGAUUAUAAUGGUGGACAAAUGGACCAAAGACGAGGUUGGCAAGUGGCUCCAAAGUUUGCAUUUGGUUGAUUACAAAGAAACCUUCAGAGGUAUGCCUAAAUGGAUUUCUUCAAAUGCCCAUUCUGUGAUGUGGUGAAAUUCCAGUUAAGGAAGUAUUUAACACACCUGCAGUUAUUGCACAACCAGCAACCAAACUUCAAUAUUGUCUACAAUGUAGACAGAUGCAGUAGAAGUUACAGAAGUGUUGCAUGUUUAAGAAAUCACAUUUAUAGAAAACACAGAGAAGCUUUACAGCCAACAAGUUCCAGUUCAGAAACAACAGUGUUUGAGCAGGUACAAGAGGACGAUGUUUUCGAUGUAGAUGAUGAGGAUUGUGAUGAAGUAAAUGGAAGAUCUUUGCCAACAAAUGAUUUGGACACACUUUUGUCUGGACUGAAACAGCAUGUGGCUCUUUUUAUUUUAAAUCUCCAAGAGAAGCAUCUUUUACCAAAAGUGACGCAAGACACAAUUGUCACAAAUCUACAAUUUGUUUUGAAGUUCUUUCACCAAAAUUAUGAUGAAAUCAUAAAAUUCCAUUUAGAAAAUUCAGGCUUCAGAUUAGAGGACCACGAAGACUUGGAUGUUUUGCUGUCCAAUGACCGAGUAUUCGAUUCUGUAUUUGAGUAUGUGCAGUCAGAUUACAGAGUUCUGCAGUAUAGUAAACAGCAUCUUCAUCUGGUAGAGCCUGUGCAAAAGGUUCUAGGUAGUAACAGCCAGGGUGGUGAAGAUACCUUUCAGUAUAUACCAAUAACUGAUGUUCUAAAGACCCAUUUGGAGAAACAGGAUAUUUUUAAGUCAUUCCAAAGGACCUGUGAGAGAGCCCCAAAUACUUUUCUUUUAAAUGACUUCACUGAUGGGGAGAUUUUUCAAGGAAGUCCUUUUUAUGGUGAUUCUAGUAUUGUGAGAUUGCAUCUCUAUACUGAUGAAUUUGAAGUUGUAAACCCUUUAGGCUCCAAAAAAUCAAUUCACAAGCUAACAGCAUUUUAUUUUACAAUUGGCAAUCUUGAAUCAAAUUUUACAUCACAAUUGAGCCCCAGGACCGAGGCGUUGAGGUGGCGUGAAUUCGGCGUGCCCUGUCUGCAAUCCUGCCUUUCAGUAAGCCCCAGGACCGAGGCGUUGAGGUGGCGUGACUUGCGUGAAUUCGGCGUGCCCUGUCUGCAAUCCUGCCUUUCAGUAAGGUAAGUGUAAGUCUUGUAGCACUGUUUAGCCUAUGUUUCUGACAUUUAAAACUCAAAAACCAAAAUAUAUUACAUAAAGGUGUUAUCAGGAUUAAAAUUCUCGUUCGUAUGACGGACAAUCGUCAUUUGGAAAUUCGAGUCCCCGGUGAUGCACUCAUAAUCAAAGAUAACUGUCUCUCUAAAAGCUGAAUGUGGAACGCUGUUUUUUUGCUUAAAUUGUUUGAACAGGGAUAGAAAUAGACGUUCCACUUUGUCUUCUAAUUUGUACCCUCCAUUUUCACAUUUUUCAAAAUUUCUUGUUCCAAGACUAAGACUUGUCAUCUUUCUCAAACAAGAUUUUUACAUUUCCAAUCUAGUGGAAGCAUUACACACUGCAUCACAAAUCAUUCAUUCUCAAAUUCAACUCAAAUCAUUAACUAUCUUGAUAAUGUUGAGUAAUGUCAUUUUUGUAAAGGAAGCAUUAGCCAAGGAUUGUCAUGUGUGCUGAUUUGCCUUUCUUGUCUC